AUGGCCACCGACUCGUGGGCCCUGGCAGUGGACGAGCAGGAAGCAGCUGUCAAGUCGAUCAGUAAUUUGCAGAUCAAGGAAGAGAAAGUCAAACCAGAUACCAAUGGUGUUAUUAAAACCAGUGUCACUACAGAGAAAACAGAUGAAGAAGAAAAAGAGGACAGAGCUGCCCAGUCCUUACUCAACAAGCUGAUCAGAAGCAACCUUGUGGAUAACACAAACCAAGUGGAAGUCCUGCAGCGGGAUCCAAAGUCCCCCCUCUACUCAGUGAAGUCCUUUGAGGAGCUUCGGCUGAAACCACAGCUUCUGCAGGGAGUCUAUGCCAUGGGCUUCAACCGACCAUCCAAGAUACAAGAGAACGCAUUACCCAUGAUGCUUGCUGAGCCCCCACAGAACCUGAUUGCUCAGUCCCAAUCUGGUACUGGUAAAACAGCUGCCUUUGUCCUGGCCAUGCUCAGUCGAGUGGAACCAGCAGAGAGAUACCCCCAGUGCCUGUGCCUCUCCCCAACAUACGAGUUGGCCCUUCAAACGGGAAAAGUGAUUGAGCAGAUGGGCAAAUUUCAUCCGGAACUAAAACUUGCUUAUGCUGUUCGAGGCAAUAAAUUGGAAAGAGGUCAGAAGAUCAGUGAGCACAUUGUCAUUGGCACCCCUGGGACUGUCUUAGACUGGUGUUCCAAGCUCAAGUUCAUUGACCCCAAAAAGAUCAAGGUGUUUGUUCUGGAUGAGGCUGAUGUGAUGAUAGCUACUCAGGGCCACCAAGAUCAGAGCAUCCGCAUCCAAAGGAUGCUGCCCAGGAACUGCCAGAUGCUGCUUUUCUCUGCCACUUUCGAAGACUCUGUAUGGAAAUUUGCCCAGAAAGUGGUCCCAGACCCAAACAUUAUCAAACUGAAGCGUGAGGAGGAGACAUUGGACACCAUCAAGCAGUAUUACGUCCUGUGCAAUAACAGAGACGAGAAGUUCCAGGCCUUGUGUAACCUCUACGGGGCCAUCACCAUUGCUCAAGCCAUGAUCUUCUGCCAUACCCGUAAAACAGCCAGUUGGCUGGCAGCAGAGCUCUCAAAAGAAGGCCAUCAGGUGGCUCUGCUGAGUGGUGAAAUGAUGGUGGAGCAGAGGGCUGCCGUGAUUGAGCGCUUCCGAGAGGGCAAAGAGAAGGUGCUGGUGACCACCAACGUGUGUGCCCGUGGUAUCGAUGUUGAACAGGUGUCUGUUGUCAUCAACUUCGACCUUCCCGUGGACAAGGAUGGGAACCCUGACAACGAGACUUACUUGCACCGGAUCGGGCGCACUGGCCGCUUUGGCAAGAGGGGCCUGGCAGUGAACAUGGUCGACAGCAAGCACAGCAUGAACAUCCUCAAUAGAAUCCAGGAGCAUUUUAAUAAGAAAAUAGAAAGAUUGGACACGGAUGAUUUGGAUGAGAUUGAGAAAAUAGCCAACUGAGAAGCUCCACCAGUCACUGCAUAGGAAACUAGUGCUUUCGUCACACAGGUCUGGACAGUCACCGAAGACAAAGGCAUGAUUAGAGGGAAACAGCCUACCUCAUUUUAAAUUUUGUUUGGUCUUGACAAAAAUUAUGUAAAUGGUGGGAAAA